AUUACAGUGCGAACGAAAAUGAAUAUCUUAUCGUUCGCUAUUUUGAUGCAAACCAUAAAUUUUUAUGUGGCGUGUCAUCAAGGUCAUCUCCAUGCAUAUUUGUUGAUGUUGCUGAAUAUUUUGACAGUAAUCAAGUGUAGGAAACUAAACUGAGAAGAGAAGAUGUAUGCUUACCCACCCAACAGCGGUCCACCCCCACCCCCAGGGGGAGGUGGCAGUAACUACCCACCUACCAAUUAUGGUGGUGGCGGCUAUGGUGGCGGCUACGGUGGCGGUUAUGGUGGUGGUAGUGCCUACAAUGUUAACAACUACACAACAGGUGGAAUGGGAGGUUAUGGUGGAGGUAUGUAUGGUGGUAUGGGAGGCUAUGGUGGAGGAGGUGCUGUCCCAGGGUUCACUGUACCUGCUGUGCAGCAAUGUCAACAGCAAUAUGGAGGACAGCAACAUUAUCAGCAGCAGGGAUAUGGUGGACACCAACAGCAACCCCAGCAAAGACAACCUCCACCAUCCAUGCACAUGAAUCACAUGCAGCAGAACAUGAGUAUGGGCGCCAUGAGGCAGAUGCAGGAAAUGAUGAUGGCUGAGGAGGGACUGAUAGAUGAAGAUGAAAUUCGGGAGAAGAAAGAAAGAAUGAGAAAGCGUCAGAGAAAGAUGAAUCGCCGUAACCGUCGACUAGGGUGGCUCAAAAUAAUUUUUUUUUGGAAAUGUUAUGCUCCCUACGUAAAUCGAGUUGCAUUUUGGGGCUGUCCUGGUUUGCCAGUUGCAAAUUGUACAGGCAGUGGGAUGUUGAGCAGUGCUGUAGCAAGCUCCUGCUUCUCCUCUCUUGCUCUGUCUUACACUGCGAAGAGCUGUGACCAACCUGGAGCCUACCACCAUGCCAGGUUCAUGGGGAAGAGUCUCUACCUCUUGAAGAUAUUCAUGCUCAGCCACUUAUUUGUCCAACUUACUCCACAGCAACUGCAGAGGAUAACACAACUUGUGGGAUUUGUGCCACCCUACCGUCGACGCAACCGCAAGAACCGUGAUGAUGACUAUGAGGAUUCUGAAGAAGAAGAGGAAGAAGAAGAAGAGGAAGAAGAUGACAAAGCUGCUAUGGAGGCAAUGAAGAAAGAAAUGGAGGAGGAAUUUAAGAAAGAAAUGGAAAAGUUAAAGGAGCUACAGCAGAAACUGAAGGAUGAUCCAGAGAAGAAACUGCAGAUCAAGAAUAAACUUGUAAAUGAGCUGAUGAGACGUCAAGAGGUGAAUGGUACAUUUGACAUCACAGAGGGUACGGUGAAGCCAUUCCUGCAGUACACGGCAGAUGACCCAGUGACUCAAUACAUGGCAAGCCGACCAGUUCCAGAGGACAUCACUGGAAAUAAGUGGAGUGCAGAGGUGGACUGUAUGUACCUAAAUGAGGCCAUGGAUGGUUGUGGCACAAAUGAUGAUGCGAUUAUCUUGGUUUCAACUACAAGAUGUAAUGCUCAGCGUCAGGAGUUGAAAAAAUAUUACAAAAUUGCUUUCUCUAAAGACUUACUUGAGGCGCUUUAUUCUGAACUGAGUGGUGACUUCCAGGAGAUCAUCAUGGGGCUGUACAUUCGUCCUGCCCUUUACGAUGCUUGGUGCAUCAAAGAAUCCAUCUAUGGUUUGGGGACAGACGAGGUUUCCCUCCUUGAGAUCUUGAUGACACGAACAAAUGCACAGAUUAAGGAAAUGACAGAGGAAUUUGCUAACAUCACCAGUAAGAGUGCUGCCAAGAAGAACCGUGAGAGCACGAGACUUGAGGAUGACAUUGAGGAUGACACAAGUGGUGAUUUCAAGCGACUUCUCAUCUCAGCAUGUCAGGGUGGAAGGAGUGAAAUCCCUCGUGAACAACUUGAACAAGCGGUUGAGGAAGUUAUAUUUGAGGGAGAACCUUCUGGAAUGUUCCAGUUGAAUUAUAAAAAACUGGCUGAUGACGCAAAGGCAAAGAGAGAUGCCGAGAUUCUCUUCAAGGCUGGUGAGGACAAAUGGGGUACUGAUGAGCAGGAGUUCACACGUAUAUUCUCCACUAGAGAUUUCUACCAACUUAGAGAGACAUGGGACCAAUAUGUGAAGCUUGCACAAAGAGACAUCACUAAUUCUAUAGACAGAGAAACAUCUGGCGAUUAUAAGCGAGGACUCGUUGCUAUAGCUGAGAACAUCAAAUGUCGACCCAUGAUGUUUGCCAGACGACUUGAGAGAGCUAUGAAAGGACUGGGUACAGAUGAGAAGACGUUGACAAGGAUCAUUAUCUCCAGGAGUGAGAUUGAUCUUGUUCAGAUCAAACAGUGUUUCUUGGAAAUCACCAAGCAGACCCUUUGGCGCUGGAUCAAAGAUGACACUAGCUUCAACUACAAGAAAGUCCUGCUUGCCCUUGUGGGCAAGGACUAGGCAUUGUGAAUUACUUAUUGUGAUCUAAUUCCCAGGCAAGGACGAGGAACUCUUUGGAAUAACUUCUCAUUGCUUAUGAUCUCUAAUUAAGAGCUGGAGACUGAAGUAUUGUUUAGAAUUACGUCUUAGACUUGGGACCAUGGUCACUUCAUCUUGAUUUAUCAAGGUAUUUCAUAUAACCAAAUAUGGUUAACACUCUGUGGUGACUGAACAAGGUAUGUAUGUACAGCAUUGCCCCAUGGAACUCCUUAAUUGAAAUCAUGAUGGUCAUGCUCUACUUCAGGUCUAAAGGGAAUUCUGAAGCUAAUUUCCUUACUAUUGGUCUAAGAUGAAAAUACAAAGAAGAAUAUGAUGACCAAUGUAAUAUAUUUUGUUAUGGACGCAUAUUGUAAAAUGUCAUUUAUUGAAAAUAACCCAGAUGCCAGUAGGUAGCUACCAGUUUCCCCACUAGGUGGCUAAUUUAGGCCAGGUAACAUGGCAAAUAUAGUAGAUGGUUCGAUUAAACUUGAAUAUUCAUCAGUUU